AUGCUCCCAAGAGUCCCCCGAACCCACCAGUCCCCCCUAUUCUAUCCCAGCAGACGGAUGCCUUUCUUGAAGGUUGUCGUCCAAUCGACUGGACCAUCGUGUCAUCUUCAGAGCCAUCCCAUCCGCAGGUCCCUCCUACCCUGGCCCCAGCUGCAGCCCACAGCACGGGAGCGUGGCAUUCGGGAUUCAGCGGCACUUUUGGUUCGCCCAUAACCUCAUGGGCAAUUCGGGAUGAUAUGAGAUACGCGAAUUCUCCGCCGCCGCCGCCGUCCUAUACCGGGCUCAAUCUCGACGCUGUGAUGCCAAGUGUAUACUCCGUCGCCACGUCCCAGAAUCCCGCUCCUCCACUUACCAGCCAUAACGCUCUCUUGAAUUGGGGUUUUCUCUCGGCGACACCCAGUCCACAAGAUGACAGCCAUCAAGAUCCCAUGUUCGACCUAUCGAAGAUCAAUCUGGGCCUAAACGUCCGACUCAAGGCGAUGAGGAAACACCAGCAGAUCCUCGACUUUGACCUCAUGAUCGUUCAACAAAGCCCUCUGUGCAUUGACGAGGUCACUCUGGCUGAAUACAUGCUCAAAGCAUCCCAUGACUUCCUGUCUAUUCUAACACGGUUCUACAAUAGUCAACACUUCCCCGAGCAACCAUGCGAGCUGCCAGCACGAGACGCAAUAUAUUCAAAGGUCCUGACAUCAUUACAGCAGCAAGACGCGACGAAGACGCAGGACCUAUCCGGAAUCCCACACCAACUCAACCCCAAAGUCAUAUUUGAGCCACUGCCUGGGCCAAUCGUCUUAUUAAUGACGAGUAUUUUCAUUCAACUCAUCUCGAGCUACGAGUUGAUCCUUCAUUAUUUCACACUACGUGUCGAGCGAAUUCCUACCGACCCAAUCCGGCCCAUCCCGGGCCUCUUCAUCUGUGGGCAGCCUUUGGAGAGAGCUUGCACCCAGGGCAUGCUCUUCUGCGAAGUCUCCGUGAUCUUGCUGUCGGCGAUUGA